UAAGUACAAUGAUAUUGACGCGGUGUUGUCGUUGCACCACCGUAUAUAAAGGGCUAGACUUAAGUAGCAGGGACAUAAGACUCUGGUACUUAAGAACUCGGGCUGCGAUGGCGGUAACCUACCCGAUUUUCCUGAUCGUUCUGGUCGGUCUAGCGAGCUUGACCUCGUUAAGAUGCGUGUACGCCUUCCCACAAGAAAAGAUCGCAGAAGAAGGAAAGUCACGAGGCAUUCCUGAGGAACCGGGACAGAAUUCCACAAACACCUGCCCACCAAGUGGAGAAGAGACGGCACCAGUCAAUAAUACUAAUCAAUCACAGAACGAGUCCAUGGACUGUAAUUGUCAAGGAAACGAAGAUCUAGAUAAUAACACCAAUUCUUCUCCAGAUAACCAUAAACCAGGUGAUAAAGGCUCACAAGGUGACAAAGGCUCACCCGGUGACAAAGGCUCACCCGGUGACAAAGGCUCACCCGGUGACAAAGGCUCACCAGGUGACAAAGGCUCACCCGGUGACAAAGGCUCCAAUGGUGGUGAAGGCUCACCAGGUGACAAAGGCUGCAAUGGUGGUGAAGGCUCACCAGGUGACAAAGGCUCACCCGGUGACAAAGGCUCACCCGGUGACAAAGGCUCCAAUGGUGGUGAAGGCUCACCAGGUGACAAAGGCUGCAAAGGUGGUGAAGGCUCACCAGGUGACAAAGGCUCACCCGGUGACAAAGGCUCACCCGGUGACAAAGGCUCCAAUGGUGGUGAAGGCUCACCCGGUGACAAAGGCUCACCCGGUGACAAAGGCUCCAAUGGUGGUGAAGGCUCACCCGGUGACAAAGGCUCACCCGGUGACAAAGGCUCACCCGGUGACAAAGGCUCACCAGGUGACAAAGGCUCCAAUGGUGGUGUAGGCUGCAAUGGUGGUGACGGCUCCAAUGGUGGUGAAGGCUCCAAUGGUGGUGAAGGCUCCAAUGGUGGUGAAGGCUCCAAAGGUGGUGAAGGCUCAACUGGUGGUGAAGGCUCCACUGGUGGUGAAGACUCCAAUGGUGGUGAAGGCUCCAAUGGUGGUGAAGGCUCUACUGGUGGUGAAGGCUCCACUGGUGGUGAAGGCUCCACUGGUGGUGAAGGCUCCAAUGGUGGUGAAGGCUCCAAUGGUGGUGAAGGCUCCACUGGUGGUGAAGGCUCCAAUGGUGGUGAAGGCUCCACUGGUGGUGAAGGCUCCACUGGUUGUGAAAACUCCACUGGUGGUGAAGGCUCCAAUGGUGGUGAAGGCUCCAAUGGUGGUGAAGGCUCCAAUGGUGACAAAGGCUCCAAUGGUGGUGAAGGCUCACAAGGUGACAAAGGCUCACCCGGUGACAAAGGCUCCAAUGGUGGUGAAGGCUCACAAGGUGACAAAGGCUCACCCGGUGACAAAGGCUGCAAUGGUGGUGAAGGCUCACCAGGUGACAAAGGCUCACCCGGUGACAAAGGCUCACCCGGUGACAAAGGCUCACCCGGUGACAAAGGCUCACCAGGUGACAAAGGCUCACCAGGUGACAAAGGCUCACCAGGUGACAAAGGCUGCAAUGGUGGUGAAGGCUCACCAGGUGACAAAGGCUCACCCGGUGACAAAGGCUCACCAGGUGACAAAGGCUCACCCGGUGACAAAGGCUCACCAGGUGACAAAGGCUCACCCGGUGACAAAGGCUCACCCGGUGACAAAGGCUCACCCGGUGAUAAAGGCUCACCAGGUGACAAAGGCUGCAAAGGUGACAAAGGCUCACCCGGUGACAAAGGCUCCAAUGGUGGUGAAGGCUCACCCGGUGACAAAGGCUCCAAUGGUGGUGAAGGCUCACCAGGUGACAAAGGCUCACCCGGUGACAAAGGCUCCAGUGGUGGUGAAGGCUCCAGUGGUUGUGAAGGCUCCAGUGGUAGUGAAGACAAACCUAUUCCUAUUGACUUUAUUCCAAAUGAUUCCGAACGUAGAUCAAAUGAAGAAGACUUAACUGGUAAAGGAUUACGUGAACCUGUUCCCGAAAACCACGAAAGUCGACCAGAAGAUGAAUGCAACAUAGAGCCAGAUGAGUCUAGCCCUCCUUCAAAUCCUCCUCCUUCAAAUGGCACUCAAUCUUCAGAAAACACCAAUUCUACUGCAGGUCCUGAACUUCCACCAGAUUGUGAAGUCAAUCAGGAGUCUUCAGACUCCGAAAAAAAUGAAACCAUAAAACCCCUCUUCCCACCCUGUAGACCUGAAGAAAACCACAAACCUAUCAAAUCCACGGAGGAGCACAGUCCUCCUCAAAAUGGUUCCGGACCUCUAUCAGGCGAUAAAGAUUGCACUGGUGAUAAUAAUUCUGGAAACCCCGACCCUCAACCAAAUAAUAAUGGCAAUGGUCCGCCAGAGAAUGUACCUCCUUCUUCAAAUAAUAAUACCGGUCCCCCCGAUACUCAACACCCUGACUGUACUUGCGAUCUUCCCAAGUAGUAAAAAUAUCGACUUAAAUUUUAAAAGUAUGAGCGUACUCAUCCUUGGUAACGUCUGCCCCAAUUUGUUUUUGUUUAUAGUUUAGUAGAUAUUUUUGUCAAUGUAAUCUAAAAAUAUUGACUAGUAAAGAGUAAAGAAGCAAUAAUAAUUUACUAAUACUUUUAAGUGUGUGAGAACCAUGCUUCGGCACGAACGGGCCGGUUCGACCGGAGUGAUACCACGGCCUCACAGAUAAUCGACGUGAAACAACGCUUGUGUUCUGUUUCGUUGUUGAGUGAGGUAACCGGAGGCCCAAUCACCCCCUAUUCCCAAUCUUCCUAAACCUCGAUUCCCCAAAUAAACCUUUAAAUUCCUAACCCCCAAAAGGCCGGCAACGCACUUGUAACGCCUCUGGUGUUUCACGUGUCCAUGGGCGGCGGCGAUUGCUUACCAUCAGAUGAUCCGUCUGUUCGUUUACCGGCUUGUAUAAUUAAGAAAAUUACUAACAACAUAAUUAAUUUAUUCCUUUUUUUCCAUUAUCAAUUGAGUCUAUUUGGACACUGUAAAGUAAGUGAAAAUAAAUGUUUUAUAAGAAUAAUUAAAUAAGGUUCAAUUA